GGGGAAGGGCCGGGUGUCCGUGUGUCGGUGUCCGUCUGUCGGUGUGUCAGUGUCUGUCGCCUGCCCGCGGGAUGCUGGCGCUGAGCGCCGCCCGCCGCCUGCUUCGCCCGCCCGGGGACCUGCUGCCGCCGCCGGGGCUCGCCUGCAUGUGGGCGGCCGGCGCCCGCGGCUGCAGCGGGGCCGGCGCCGGGCCGCCGAACCCGGUGGUGUACCUGGACGUGGGCGCCGACAACCAGCCGCUGGGACGCGUGGUGCUGGAGCUGAAAGCCGAUGUGGUUCCAAAGACAGCAGAAAACUUUAGAGCACUUUGUACUGGUGAAAAAGGUUUUGGGUAUAAAGGAUCCACUUUUCACAGAGUGAUUCCUUCAUUUAUGUGCCAGACUGUUGUACAAAUAGAUGUCAACCCAUACUGGGCUUACAAAUUUUGCAAAGGUGUUCUUUCAAUGGCCAAUGCAGGACCCAAUACAAAUGGAUCCCAGUUCUUCAUUUGCACUGCAAAAACUGACUGGCUAGAUGGAAAACACGUUGUUUUUGGGCACGUAAAGGAAGGAAUGGAUGUCGUGAAAAAAAUUGAGAGUUUUGGUUCCAAGAGUGGAAAGCCCUCCAAAAAGAUUGUCAUUACUGACUGUGGCCAGCUGUCCUAACGUUUUGCCCCUACCCUUCAUGACGUCGAUGCUGUGAAAAAUGAAUCAUAAAAACACCCAAACAUUUCUGAUCUCAUAAGUAGCACCUGUGGAACCAUGUUUUCUAUUUAACUUGGUCCAACUUUUAUACUUGUUUUGAAUAAUACUCGUUAAAAACAUAAAACAAUAAGUGAAGCAUGUUUUAACUGCACUACUGUGGUAGUCACACUGAUUUGGUAGAGUUCCACUGUGUUUUGCAAGAAGUGGUACAAUCACCCAAAGUGUCUUUGAUUGUACUGUUGAUACUCUUCUUAGUAUUUGGAUGUUUCAGGUCUUAGAAUUGGUGGUGGAGCUGGCAGCUAAGUGUUCUGUAGUUGGGAGUUAGAUAUAAAUUGAGAAAUGCCAUGUUGCCUUUGGUGCUAAUAAAUGCUUAUUCUGUUGUUAAUCUUAUUUUGAAACAAUACUACUAACAUGCUCUCAAGGCUGUCUGCAGCAAGACUGUCAGAUAAUUUCUUUCUAUGUCUCAGUUUAAGUCUAUCCAGUAGAUUUAAUGAGCGAUUGUGGGGUUUUUUAAUUAGUUCUGGUUUAAUGUUUUUCUUUCCUAAUAGUCUCAGACCAUUUUUUCAAACUGAACUCUACCUUACCUGCUUCAGUGGAGCAAUUUGACUUUUGGGUUAAGUAAAUUGCUUGAGGUUGAGUUAGGCUGCUCCUGGAGCUCUACCUGCCAAUGAGACCUCAGUUGAGCCAAAGGAUCUCAGGACAUUUUUAUUAUGCAACAGUGAACUUGAAGUGCAGUUCUGUUUUGGGAUCUGGUUCUGUGAAGAAUACAGCUCAGUUCUCAAUGUGUGGCCUAUUUUUGCACUUGUGAGCUUGCUUGAAUGAGAAAUAGGUUUGAUUGCUCUUUUGUUGUGUUGAUCCUAUGAAGUCAGCCCACCUUGGGUAUUACUUGGAUUAUAAUUUAUUCUCAUGUAUCAUCAGCUUAAUCAGUGCAGCAAAAUCAUUAUUGUUGGGGUUGAUGCAUGAGAAGGAAAGAAUUCAGUUGACCAGCUAAACACAUUUCGUUUGUAUAAACUAGUAUGUAUGUUUUAUGUGAUGUGCUGGAGCAGCAACAAAUGUUGGAACCUCACAACAUCACCUUUAGAAUCACUAAGGCUCUAAGAUAUUAAUGAUUGUGAGAAAAAUCACAUGAUUGUUUUGUGCAAUAAUCUCGCUACUGAAGAGAAAAAUAAAAUGUGAUGGCUUUCUUCAAA